AUGGCAACCGCUUCAGCUUUCUCUUAUGCGCAGGCCGCCAAGGGUCAGGGCACUGCCCCGUCAAAUGCUCCCUCUGGACAGCCCGUCCAGGACGCCCAGCCAUCAGCAGCCGCGCCCAAGGCUGCCACAGACGCCGAGAGCGCCACCGAGCCCACCGAGGCCGUUCGAAGCGCCGAUUCUCCUGCCGCCACGGAGAAGCAGGAUGCCGCCAGCGCCACGGCUCCCGAGGCCGAGCCCCGGUCAGAGGAUGCCCAGGAGGCGCGCCGCGAGCCCGUACGGGACGAUGAGUCCAGUCGGUUAGAUCGCCCAUGGCGACGAAAUGACAAAGGCACGAGGUCCUCGAGCACCACCACGCGAUCGGUCGACGAACAAGACGCCAGGAGGCCGCGGAAGUCUAAGAAGUCCAAGGCUGCUGACAAGCAAGCCAACGACCAGUCAGCGGCGGCGGACAAGGAGCAGGAGCCUGAAAAGGAAGCUCCCAAGGUCGAGCUGUUUGAGGCGCCUAUUCCUUCUGUCAACAUCUGGCGGCAGCGCGCCGAGGCCCUUUCGGCAAAGGCUAAGCCGUCUCCAGCCCCCUCUGCAGAGCAGACCACCAAUGGCUCGCCGAAGCCCGAAGCGUCCCCUAAAGUGGCCGAGAAUGGCACUCCAGCUCCUGCUGCCCAACGUGAAAGCAUACCGAAUGGCGUCAAGCCUCCUCGGAAAUCGGUCGAUGCCCCUCGCUCCGAGAGAAACGCUAGCCGUGGCUCAAGGGUAGCGGAUAAAGAUGCCAGCAGGGGCGAUGUGCCCCCUUCAGUCGCCGACACCACGGCCUGGCCCACGCCCGAGACGGCCAUCCAAGAAGACAAGAAGAAGCCCGCAGAGAAGUCUGACCGUCCCGAGAAGGAGAAGGAUGCCUCGGAGGACGGGUCUCAGUCAAAGCCGAGACAGAAGGGAAAGUGGGUGACGAUGGACUACGUGCCGAGCGUCAACUUUGAGACCCAGCUCCCCCAGAUGCGCAACUCCAAGCCUCGCGGCGGAGCCAGAAACGCCAACGGCUCCAGGGCCACGGGGGCAUCCAACGCCGGUGACAAGGCUGCCGCCCCCGUCGCCAGCCAAGGCAAGCCCAGCGAGAACAGCAGCAGCAGCAGUAACAGCGGCAAGGAGCGUCCUCGUGACGGCGCCAACGGCCCGAACCGAAAUGCGCAGCCCGCUCAGGCUACGAGCAAGCGCUCAUCGACAGAUAUGUCUGGCGCACGUGAACAGAGGAAGACUCAGAGCCACACUGGCAACGAGAAGAGCAAGGAUGCCACCUCAAACUCCAACGAGCAGGGCCAUGCCGCUCGUGAGCGAACAGAGAGCCGCAGCGACAGACCGCGAGGUGGAUACCGUGGACGUGGCGGACACCAUCCCGUCAACGCUCAGCACCAGCACCAGCACACUGGAUCCAGUUUCUCUGCAUCGGGUGCUAUGGGCGGACGAGCCCAGGGCCCCUACAGCCCACCUCCCCGGCAGGGUGCCCAUGGUCAGAUGUACAUGCCAUCCCAAGGUCGUGGCCGAGGCGGCCGAAACAAUGCUGGCAACUACCAUCGGAUGUCACUCCCCAACGGAUCGGCACGCAUUCCUCAGGUUCAGACUCAGUUUGCCCCGUUUGAGUACCCGAUGGCGCCGAUGACGGCAAUGCCCUUCCAGCCUCAGCCCUACUGGGACAACAUGCUGGUGCCGGUUCUCAAGAGCCAGGUCGAGUACUACUUCUCCAUUGAGAACCUCUGCAAGGACGUAUACCUCCGCGCACGGAUGGACUCGCAAGGCUUCGUGCCCCUGCACUUUAUUGCCUCCUUCAAGCGUGUGCGAGAGCUCUCUGCCGAUAUCGCCCUGGUUCGCGCCGUGUGCGAGAUGUCCACUGAGCUUGAUCUCGCCGUUGGCGAAGACGACAUUGAACGCGUGCGACGAAGCACGGCAUGGGAAAGCUUUGUCUUGCCGCUCGAGGUCCGGGAUGAGUUUGCUCGCAACCACGGCCCGGCCCACCUGACGUUCAAGAACCGACCAUCGCAGAUGCCGCCUCAGUUCAACGGAAUGCCCGUUCCCUAUGGCAUGACAUCGCCUCAGGCAUAUGCAGUCCCCACCGACGCUGCGUUCCAGCAGCAGCUCCCCGAUGAGUCUUUCGUCAACCAGGGAGUUAACGGAUUCGUCAACGGCCACGUCAAUGGCCAUGCCGGCUCCAGCCAGUUGUCCGCCGAUGUGCCCGACUUUGCUCCCUCAGGUGUUCUCAACCUGGGCGACCAGGGCAAGACUGAUGGUCCGGUUAUCACGAAUGGACACGUUGAGAAGGCCGUCGAGAGCGUGCUGACGAAUGGGGUCUCCCACGAACAGUCUGCGUAG